UUCUUAUUCACGGACGCACAAGUCACGGACCUAUCUUUGAGUUUCACUGUUAACGGACCCUGGAAGGAUCUUUGUGCCGAUCUGGAUUACCUCUUGUUGGGACUUUAUUACGGGAUUUUAAGAGAACAGCCGCCUCUCUGCGCUGCGGAUAUUUGUUCUUAUCCUGGAUCUUGUGGAUUAUUUUACUGACUUCAACAUGACUCUUGAGGAGGUUGUUGGAUCCAACAGCACCGAGAAAAAGAUGGAGACGGUGAGUCAGGCUCUGGAGGAGUUGCUGGUCGCGGCUCAGCGGCAGGACUGCCUCACUGUGGGAGUCUACGAGUCCGCCAAACUCAUGAAUGUAGAUCCGGACAGCGUGGUUCUGUGCGUCCUCGCCACCGAUGAGGAGGACGAGGAUGAUAUCGCGCUGCAGAUCCACUUCACGCUGCUGCAAGCUUUCUGCUGCGACAACGACAUCAACAUUCUGCGGGUGUCCGGCAUGAGGCGGCUGGGUCAGCUGCUGGAGGAGGACACCAAGGACAACAACGGCAACGAGCCCCGGGACCUGCACUGCAUCCUGGUCACUAACCCUCCUGUGCAGCCGCUGCAGUGCCAGGCCCUGCAGGACGUGGGCAGCUUCUGCGAAGAGAGCCGCUGCAGGAACCAGUGGGUUCCUUGCCUGGAGCUGCAGGACCGCUGAGUCGAGCAGAACUGAACCGAACCGAAUCAGACCGCUACGGAGCGGUGAGAAGUGGAAUGGAAACAGUCCAAACAGCCAACCCUCGUACAGACGAGGAAUCUAACGGCGUUUGAGUGACGGAACGUGACCGGACCGAACCGGGAGCCUUCCUGCUGCCUGAAUGGUUUGGCCUCGGGAUGCACUUAUGAUGUCAGUACCGGCACUGAAAGUGGAACCGGACUGGGUGGGGAUACUGGGUGUGAGGAAGCUGCAGAGAUUUUUUUACUGAAAUGUUAAGACCUGGGUGACAGCAGCUGGAUGUCACGUGACUGAACUGAUGAAUGAAUGAACUGUAGAGCUGCACGUGAAGCUCUGGACUACCUGAGCUGCAGGUGUUGCAGAUGUUCUGCUGACCUGCUCACUCACAGAACUUUUGAUUUCAUGCUUUCAUGUUGCACACUGAAGUGACUCGUGUUUAUUAAACUGACCAGAUUGAUAUAUGAAAAGUGAAUCCAAUGUUGAUGAAUUCUGUUUGAUGAAUAAAUUGUUGACGACAAGAA